ACUCGCUCGCACAUGCUGCCGAGCAGCCACCGCCGCCGCCAGCUGGAAGAGCCGCGCAUUCUCGGCCGCUGACCUUCCACUUAGUCCGCAGGCUGCCCCCGGCAAGUCACCUUCGCUUGCGGCGGGCAAGGCAUGCCCCUGACCUCCUGGGCGGCUCUUUCCGCCUGGACGCUCAGCGGGGAGGUUGACCAUGAACCCUCAAUGCGCCCGCUGUGGCAAAGUCGUCUACCCGACCGAGAAAGUCAACUGCCUGGAUAAGUACUGGCACAAGGGAUGUUUCCAUUGUGAGGUCUGCAAAAUGGCUCUAAAUAUGAACAACUACAAAGGAUAUGAAAAGAAGCCUUACUGCAAUGCACACUAUCCAAAGCAGUCUUUUACUACAGUGGCAGAUACACCUGAAAACAUUCGCCUAAAACAGCAAAGUGAAUUGCAAAGUCAGGUCAAGUACAAGCGAGACUUUGAAGAAAGCAAAGGAAGAGGUUUCAGCAUUGUUACUGACACACCUGAAUUACAAAGACUGAAAAGAACUCAGGAGCAAAUCAGUAAUGAACACUGGCUUGGAUGGAAAGGAUUGUCAAUGGGGAAAGAAAAAGUUCUAAGAAUUUGGCUGAGGAACUAAUAGAAGACUUCUUACCAGAAUACCACAAUGCAUUGGGAUUUAUCACAUGAAUACUUUUGCAUAAGGAAAAUGCUCUUGUCUUGAAGUUGUGCAACAGAACACGGCUUCUGAACUGAGGAUACUGCUAUCAUCCAAUGUUCUUUUGUUAUAAGAUGGAAAAUGUCUUACAUGCUAUUAGCCAAGAAUCACUAAAGAAGCCAGCGGUUUGCUUAAAUGUUCUGAUUGGAGGAAGUAGCUGAACUAAGUAGAAAAUAUUGUCGUUCUACACUUAUUGAG